AUGGCUGCUUAUGUCUAUGAGAAUGAUAAAUGUGUAUUAAACUCAGUAGAGAAGGGCCUUUUCUUGAACGUGUAUCGCAAAGUAUUUGGAACCCCGUAUGUAGAAGAGCCUCAAGCUAUGUCCACGGGAUUGCAGGCUUCUUAUGAUGUCCUUAAUGAGCCUCGAGAAGAAGAUGAUGAUGCACCAAAGGAAUCACCACCUUUAGAUGGUGAUUUGCCGGAGGAUGCGGGUAGUACUGGUAAAGAGGGUGGUCUCUCCUCUAAGGGUCUGGUCUCAUCGGGCUUUGAUUAUGAUUCUGCUAACAAAGCUGUUGAGAGUAUUGUUGGUUCUGAGGAGGAAGGUGGCCAGUUUACUGAAUUCUUGGCCUCUGAAUUUCAGAGGAUGCGGCAAGAAAACAGUGCUGCUCACUCGACUCUGAUAAACGUGAUUGAUAAGCAUAAGGAGUCUAUCGAUGUUGAGUCUCAACAUCCAUUUUCAGCCUGA